ACGGGAUGAAGGAGGGCGGAGUCCUCGGUCAUGCAUCGGACUCUCUGUGACAAGCUUCCCUAGCGGAACUGAAACACUGUAAGCUGAUGCGCAUCGUAUCCUUUGAUGAGCGCCGAUAGAUAGCUCGCUCGAACGAUGCGCUUCCGCGCCUACCCUCUUUUCCUCGUCUUCUUCUUCGUAGUCGCCUUCGCGCCAGAGUUCCUCAAAUCAUACCCCCAGACUGAGGCGCUCGGCAUCGCACUGGAAUGGGUGCAGGAGCGUUUCACGCAGUGCAUCGCCGCGAUCGCAUUCACGUCGGCGGUGUCCAUCUGCGGCUCCCUUCUCUUCCGCGGAGCUGGAUUCAUCAAGCGUUCUCUCACCCGUCGCAGCGGAGAACCUGCCUCAGAGCUCGAGGCCGGUCUGCUGUCCCCCGCUGCAGCCACUGACACGGACGACGCGUCUCAUUGCGGGGCGCCGCCGCCCACGAUGACGACGGCGAAGAACACAAUUCUCUCCCUCGCGGGCGAGCUCCUCUGCGCCGCUUUCUGCGCCCUGGUGUUCCUCCGGUGCGCCACAGAGAUCGGCACGCUCGCGCUCGACAAGCCGCUGUACGCCAACAUCGCCGACGGCGCCCUGUACAUCCUGCGCGGCUGGGAGGUCUUCUUCGUCGUUUUCUUCGGCUUUGCGCUUGUAGUCGCUGGGUUCCGCAAACUGUUUGGCCUGCGCGAGCCUGCUGCUGCUGCUUCUGCCGCCCCGGCGGAGGAGGUCGCUGCUGAUACUGUGGGGACUACCGAUCCUUUGGCUGCUGCGGAGCAGGUGGAGGUUGCUGAGAAGUCGUUGAUGCUUGACUCGAGCCUGGAGAAGGCUACACAGUAGCUUCGCCUCACUCACUCACACUGCCUGAAGGACAACACGGCCUACAUAUGAUGUUAUUUAUUCUUUGCCUUGUUGGCCAUCCAUCUUCGAUGACGUUGCGCCUUUUUCGUAGUAUCCUCCCUGCUGUAUCAUCACUUGGUCAUUGACUCUUGAGGGAUAACCAGUGCUAGCGCGUCACGUGCAAGCUCUCCGCUUUCCCUGCGCAAAUAACCGCGACUUGUUGCAUAGAUGUUCCACGCAGCCCAUGUUGCAUCUACAAGCAGCACCUACUUCCUCACGAAAAAAAUCAUGCUGGCAUAGUUCAGCUUGACAAAACCGCGUUGUACCGCCCUUACUUCGAUGGAGACUUGCUCCCACCCCCUAUAUUAUUUCCAGCUGAGCCCCCUCCAAAUUUUCUGAGCCAUCUGCUCGAGAAGCUGGAAUCCGAGAAUGUGGUCGUCAGGAGAACAGCCUCGGAGCGUGAAAUAUGACUGUUGCCGCACAAACUAUAGGAUGUGAUCAUUGUGUGAGGGCGACAUAGGUCACUCUUCGAUAUCUCUACAAUCCAUGGUAGAACGAGAUUUAUUGCAUACAUUUCAAAAUAGACAAUCCUCACA